AUGUCAACGAAUCCCUUACAGCAGUCUACAGUUCAAAGAUAUUUGAGCAGUCGAAAACGUAGGAACGAUUCUGACCAGUGUGGUGCUUCAGAUAGCAGUCAGCAGGCAUUCGCGAAAAUCAGCAGUGUGAAGCCAUCAUGGAAAAAGUUCGCUGUGAAUCAAUCUGCACACAACAACUCCUCUACGGAUUUACUGAUAUGUGGGUAUAUGAUCAAAUUACCUCUGGGUGUUCAACCAUAUGCUACACAGCGCACAAUGAUAGCGAAAAUCCUUACUAGCUUGAAAAACAAACUUAAUGCUCUUAUUGAAAGUCCAACUGGAAGUGGUAAAACGCUUGGUCUCUUAUCAGCAAGUUGUGCAUGGCUUGAAAGAUAUAAAACAGAUCGCAUGCAGUCACGAAUUGAGUGUAAAGCUUGUCAAGGCGGUUGCGAAGAUCGGCAUUCUAUGAAGGAGACGUUGAAUCAGAGCACUUCAUUUGAUCAUUCAAAUGAAACAGAUUCAAAUUUAAGCAAAGACAGUACUUCCAUAAAUGCUACCUCAUCAGAAACUAGUUUUGAAGCAACAACCAUUUCUACUUUAGAGGAUGAAUUUGAAAGUGAUUUCUGUUCUGUUGCGAACUCCUCAUUUGGAUCAAGUAAGGUUGCAGGAAUUUCUUUAUUGGAUGAUAACAAGAUUUUAAAGAAGGAAGUGGAAGAAGAAGGACAUACAUGUUUACCGCGUAUAACAAUAUAUUAUGGCACACGAACUCAUAAACAGAUCAGUCAAGUGGUGAAGGAAUUUUCACGUUUACCACAUAGUCGCAAAGGAGUUAUUAGACACACAAUAUUGGCAAGUCGUGAACAUAUGUGUAUCAAUGCUGCAGCUCGUGCUAGUGAUGACAUCAGUGGUAAAUGUAAGGAAUUCAUUGCUGCGGAUGGGAUUGGGUGUUCGUAUAAAAAUUCAAUGCGUAUAAAAUAUGAAAGGCCACAUGCUGUUAGACGUCUUAUCGCACAAACUACUGGAGAGAAGAACUAUGUUUGGGAUGUAGAGGAUCUGGUAGAAGCAUUAAAAUGUUCUAAACCAUCGCUUUGUCCAUAUUUUUCGACAGCUCGAGUACUCAUUGACGAUGCUGAUAUUAUCUUCUGUCCUUUCUCGUAUCUUAUUGAUCCUAUCAUUCGUGCAAAUUCGGGUUUAAGUUUGAAGAACACGAUUGUCAUUUUGGAUGAAGCUCAUAACGUUGAAGAUGUUUGCCGUGAAGCAGUCAGUUUUUCAUUUACAGAGCGCGAAUUGAUUGCUACAGCAAUAGAUUUAUAUCAUAAAGCCACUGAACUUGAGAAAGAACUAGCAAAAAUAGAUGCGAAAGUUAUUACUGAAGAAGGAUUAAUUAAAGAAGAGAGCAACCGGACUGGGAGGUAUCAUCAGUGUUUAGAAAUUAUAAAGAGUCAUUUUAAAACGGUGAAUCACUUUUUAAACAAAGUGUUGGACUGGUUUGUUAGUGUAUCACUGAAUACUCUACAGUCAGCUCCAAUUAUUAAUGAUCGUACAGCGUAUACGUAUAAUUGGGAAAAGUUGUUUGCAACCUUUGCCAGUAAUGAUUUGGAUAAAUUCGCUAAAACUGGCAAAGGAACUCCAUACUCAAGUCUACUGGAGGCUUUUCUAGCGAUCACUGCAGCGAGCAAUGAGAAUGAAGAGUUUCAAAUGUUUACAUCACAGUACAAAUUAAAUGGUUCGACAGUUGUUUGUGUUGAAAAAUUUUUGUAUUUUUUAAAAUCUUAUUUUCGAGAGGAUAAUCGAACCGCUUACAAAUUAUUUGUAUGCAUCGAUAAACCGUCUGCACCUUACCCACGUCCGAAUAUAUCUGAAACAGCAGAAUUUCCAGCAUCCCAUGUUGACAUCUUGAAUAUGAAAUCAUAUAAAGAGAAAGAGUUACAAGCAAAUUCGAAGACUCGAUUAAGUGAUUACCGCGAAGUGAAAUAUGGUUAUCGUGUCACCAUUAAUUUUUGGUGCAUGCGACCAUCAGUGGCAUAUAUUGAUGCUUUUAAAGGAUGCCGUAGCGUUAUUCUAGCUUCCGGCACGCUUUCUCCUACAGAUACUUUCCGUACAGAAUUAGGAACUGUCUUUCAGCAGGAAAUGCAAGGGAACCAAAUUAUACCAAAAGAUCAAAUUUUUGCUGCAGUGGUUCCAACCGGACCAAGUGGUCAGAAGUUAUGUGGGACAUACAGGGUUAUCAACCAAGAUGAUAGAUUUCUACGCGAAAUUUCAUUAAUUCUAAAACAUAUCUGUUGCAUAAUUCCUAAAGGCGUGUUAUCUUUCUUCUCGAGUUACCGAGUUUUAGAUCAGAUUUAUGAUUAUAUGGAGACUUCAGGCAUUUUGAGACAGAUACAAAGCACAAAGGUUGUUUUGAAAGAACCACGACGUUCAUCCUUAAUGAAUACAGUCAUGUUGCAAUAUGAAAACGCAAUUAUUAAUCCUCUUAAGUUUGGAACGCAAUGUUCUGGAGCAUUAAUGAUGGCUGUUUUCAGAGGCAAGAUAUCAGAAGGCAUUGAUUUCGCGGAUGAUCGAGCUCGUUGUGUUGUUACUGUUGGUAUACCAUUUCCAAACGCGAUGGACGAACAGGUUAUCGAAAAAAAGAAAUACAAUGAUGAUUAUUGCAAAAAGUUACAAAUAUUGUCAGGUGAUGAAUGGUACAUAAUGCAAGCUUACAGAGCACUCAAUCAAGCAUUGGGAAGAUGUUUACGCCACCGUUCUGAUUGGGGUUCAAUCUUAUUGUUAGAUACUCGACUACUUCAAACUCAGGCGAAUCCAAAUGCUAAGAAAGUUUCUCGGUGGAUUCGUGAACAGCUUCGUCCAUUAACAAGUUACCAGCACUUCCUUAGUGAAUUAACAAAUUUCGUUAGUGAAAUGGAGACGAAAUAUCUAAAAUUUACUGAUCGUAAUGAGAGUGAGAAGAAUUUUGUCUCUGACAGCAGUGUCUAUGAAUGA